AUGACUGAACCUAUGAAACCAAGUUACUGGUACUGUGAUGCUUGCACUCGAUGUCUGUUGCAUGGAGAAUAUCGUUUCAAUUGCACAGUCUGCGAUAAUUAUGAUUACUGUGAACAAUGUUUUACGACAGUCGAUCCACCGCAUCCUCAUCGAAUGGUUCCUGAACUUGCAUAUGGUCGUGAAGAAACAAAAGAAUGUGCUGGAGUAGACAUGGCUACUGCUAUUCGAGCAGCAAUAGCAAUGUAUUCAGAUCGUCAUUGUAUGGGUACACGCGAUGUUGACAAAGAAAAUCCUUCCCAUUAUAUGGACUCAUACUCGUGGCUUACAUUUAAGAUCAUAGGUGAUCGCUCAAAGAACUUUGGACACGGAUUACGACGUUUAAUUGAACCACGAGGUAUACCAGAUAAUGGCACAUCCAUCCAUUUUAUGGGUGAUAUCGAACAAGCUGGCUCUAUCAAACAGUAUGAUUAUGUCACUAUUAAGCCAGACGAUUGCCUCACAAUUAUAAAUACUAGUGGCAGUACUGGUUUUCCUAAAGGAGCUAUGAUCUCAGAAAGUGCCUUUCGAGCAACAUUUCCACGAUGGUGUCUACCUUCUUCUCUCGAACGUAUUACAUUGUCUUAUCGUCCAUUGGCAUGGGCAGCUGAUCGUGAUGCUGUUAUUACAACUUUUCUCUCCGGAGGGCGGACAGGAUUUUCCACAGAAGAUCCUUCUCGACUCAUGGAAGAAUUGGCUCUCGUUCGACCAACAUAUUUUGGGGGACCACCAAGUAUCUGGAACAAAAUAUAUACUGAAUUUAAGACUUCUCUUGCAUUACUCACUA